UCCCCAUUCCUGAAGAAGAGGUCUCGCAUCCUCUAUGGUGUGAAAGAAUUUUCUCCAUUUGGGCUGGAUGUAGGCCCUGGAUCAAACUUCAUCUGGAGCAUGCUUGGAGUGUAUUGAGUGCUGAAGAAGUCCUUUAUCUCUGUCUUACCUCAGGUUCUUUGUGAAUAGGGGGCUGACUGCAGGUCCUAAGGCCUCUGGGUAAGACUUCAAACUCUAGAGAUAUAGAAACCUGAUUUCAAGCUCCAGAAGGGACUUGGUGGGUUGACUUUAGGUUUCAGGGGCUUAGGAAGUCAACUUCAGACCCCAGACUCUGCAUUUUUGGCCCUCAAAUGUGAGGUUCUUGGAAGAGGGGAGGGAAACCAACAAGCAGUUAAGGCUCACCAUGGUACUUCCACCACCAGACAAGCGCCAUGUGUGCCUGACCACAGUGGUCAUCAUGAGUAGCAUGGCCUUCAUGGAUGCCUACCUUGUGGAGCAGAGCCAGGGCCCACGGAAGAUUGGUGUGUGUAUCAUCGUGCUGGUGGGUGAUGUGUGCUUCUUGCUUGUCCUACGCUAUGUGGCCGUGUGGGUUGGGGCUGAGGUGCGUACUGCAAAGCGUGGCUAUGCCAUGAUCCUCUGGUUCCUCUAUAUCUUUGUGCUACAGAUCAAGCUUUACUUCAUUUUCCAGAACUACAAGGCUGCUCGGCGUGGUGCUGCCGAUCCAGUUGCACGCAAGGCUCUGACACUUCUAUUGUCUGUGUGUGUGCCAGGACUCUUCCUGCUGCUUGUAGCUCUGGAUAGCAUGGAGUAUGUGCGCACUUUCCGCAAAAAGGAGGAUCUGCGUGGCCGCCUCUUCUGGGUGGCCUUGGAUCUGCUUGACCUGCUGGACAUUCAGGCAAACCUUUGGGAGCCUCCACGCACAGGGCUGCCUCUCUGGGCUGAGGGCCUUAUGUUUUUCUACUGCUACAUGUUGCUGCUUAUCCUGCCCUGUGUGUCACUCAGUGAGAUCAGCAUGCAGGGUGAGCAUAUUUCCCCUCAGAAGAUGAUGCUCUACCCUGUGCUCAGCCUGGUCACUGUCAAUGUGGUCACUGUCUUGGUGCGUGCUGCCAAUAUGGUGCUCUUCCAUGACAGCCGAGUCUCUACUAUCUUCAUUGGCAAGAAUGUGGUAGCAUUGGCUACUAAGACCUGUACCUUCUUGGAGUACAGGCGCCAGGUUCGCGACUUCCCACCCCCUCAUGGGGCACUUGCCCUUGAAUUACAACCACCUCAACCCCCCCCACCCCAACUGCUGCACAACUCAGUGCCUCAUGCACCACCUAUUCACAGUGGCCCUGGUGCUCCCCAUGGGCCUUCCCCUACUCGGGACACACUGGACACGUGA